GAAUAUUGAUCAAAAGUUGAUUCCUUGUUCUCAGUGGGCGAUCCCGAUCAGCAUUAAAUAGUCAAUGCGAAAAGUCAGGCGGGGGAUAUCAGAUGGUGGAGGGAACAGAGAAGAGGCAAAAAUGGAGGAGGACGGGGUGAACUUGAACUGGUCGCUGCCGGUGCCGAGCGUGCAAGAACUGGUGAGGCAGCAACGGCCGGAUGUUGUGCCCCCCAGGUACCUCCGUGAUGACAUGGUACUGGCCGAUCACCGCCGAGAGUCGUCACAGGGCUUGCCUUGCAUUGACCUGGGGAAGCUGAUGGACCCUCCUUCCCGAUCCACCGAGCUCCACAACCUUCACUCUGCCUGCCACCAAUGGGGUCUGUUCCGGCUAGUGAACCAUGGAGUGUCAGAUGAAGGGUUGAGGAUGAUGCAGGAGAACGUGCAAGGGUUCUUCGAACUGCCCUACCACGAGAAGCAAAAGUCGGCCCAGAGACCCGGAAGUCUUGAAGGUUAUGGGCAUGCUUUCGUCACCUCUCACGACCAGAAGCUGGGAUGGAACGACAUGAUCUUCCUCAAAUGCCUUCCUAACCAUGAAAGAAAUCUCGAUCUGUGGCCACAAAAUCCCCCUGAAUUCAGAAUAGCACUGGAGAAAUACAGCGAAGAUAUGAGGAAACUGGCAGUGGCAGUAGUGAACUAUAUUGGAAUGGCGUCAGGGAUUCAUGAAGGUGAACUGGAUUUGUUGAUGAAAAGUUUCGGAGAAGGAAAAUUUGAGAUCAGGAUGAAUUACUACCCGGCAUGCCCAGAACCUGAGAGAGUAAUAGGCUUGGAGCCACAUGCUGACAUCUCGGGGAUCACUUUGUUGACGGAGUGCGCCGACAUGCCUGGCCUUCAGGUCCUUAGCAAUGACGACUGCUGGGUCACAGUUCCACCCGUUCAUGGCAGCAUCAUCGUGAAUUUAGGCCAAAUCAUGGAGAUUUACAGCAAUGGCACGUAUAAAGCACCAGAUCAUAGGGCGGUGGUGAACAAAGAGAAGGAGAGGUUGUCCAUAGCAACCUUUUGCUAUCCCAGUCCGUCUCUUCCAGUUGGACCUUCUCCACAGGUCCUCGCUGCCACUGGACUCCCCCCUCUCUACCAAACCCUUUCGCACUCCGAAUACAUGCAACGCUUCUUCAACCGCAAGCUUGAUGAUGCGGUUCCUUUCAUCGAUACACUCAAGAUGUAGACUCUGAGCUGGUGCAUUCAUUAUCGUCAUCAUCUUCUUGUAUUGUGAGUCAUG